AUGAACCCAAAACUUUUCCACAUAAUCGACUACCGUGGUGCCACGGUUGAGGACUUGGAUAUCAGGCCCGCUAUUUCCAUUAAUCCGUCGACUGCGUUGCAAAGAGCCAUCGAAGUCUCGUUUGAAAAUGAGUUCACUUACUUACCAGUGAUUCACGAGACCAACAAAAGAUUGUUGGGAGUAUUGAACGUUGAGGAGUUCAAGGUGGAUCCUCUGAAAGCCAGUAAGAGCUUCUUGAAGCCCAUCACGAAAAACUACAUGCACUGGUUCAACCAGAAGGCUCGGGCUAAGUAUGAGCAGGAAUCCACCAGCAAAAACACCACGCCAUUGAACCUGAAAAUCUUGAAACCCAAGACUUCUAACGGCAAGAGAUUCGAAGUUUUGACACCGUUGACUCCUUUGGAGGGUUUGGCGCAGUUCUUCAAUACUGGCAACUACUUCGCAAUCAUCACCAAUGGCGAUGGAAACUUGGUGUAUGGAGUGGUGACCCCUGAGGAUUUGAUUAAAUACGAGCAUUCUAGACCUAGACUAUGA